AUGGCUUCCUUAAAGGCUUCAACUUUGCUAUUACCUUCAUUUUCUUCUUCUUCUUCUUCGUCUUCAUAUUGUUGUUCCAUGAAACUUAAUGAUGCUAUUCACGUCCCAAAGCUUCCAAAAGUUCGUUUCUCGGUUCCCAAAAUAGCAAUGAGAAAGCUGGUUGACGAAAUGAACAGAAGGGUCAACGAGUUCACAAACAGGGUCCCAAUAGAAAACAUCAACCUCACUUCCACACCGGCUGCCAAUGAUAUUGUUGAAUCAAGCAACUCCACCUCUUUUGCCGCCACACAACUCUAUGCCAUCUUAGAGGCCGUGGCUGACAGAGUGGAAAUGCACACCAACGUUGGACAGCAGCGUGACAACUGGAACACCCUUCUUCUGAACUCCAUCAACAUGAUAACCCUUACUGCCGCAGCCAUGGUUGGUGCUGCAGCGAUUGGUGGCUCCGGAAUGCCCCUUUUGGCUCUGAAAUUGUCGGCCACGUUCUUGUAUGCUGCAGCCGCGGGGAUGUUGCUUGUGAUGAACAAGAUUCAGCCUUCACAGCUUGCAGAGGAACAACGCAAUGCUACAAGAUUGUUCAAGCAGCUUCGGAGCCAAAUCCAAACUAUGCUCGCUCUUCGGACUCCAACUCAAGAAGAUGUGGAGGACGUGAUGGAAAGGGUUUUGGCCCUUGACAAAGCCUACCCCCUUCCAUUGCUAGGAGCAACGCUUGACAAAUUCCCCGCAAAGUUUGAGCCAGCUGCUUGGUGGCCUUCCCAUCAACUGAUCAUUCAAAUGGAAAAUGAAUCACACGAAGGAAAACAGCUAGAGACAAAUGGGUGGAGUGAGGAACUUGAAGCAGAAAUGCGAGAGAUCAUGGAGGUGGUGAAGAGAAAGGACAGUGAAGACUAUGAAAGGCUAGGAAACCUGGUGUUGAAGAUCAACAAAAUCUUGGCCAUCUCAGGUCCAUUACUCACAGGCAUUGCGGCUGUCGGCUCGGCUUGCGUUGGUAAUGUGGCAUGGGCUGCAGUAGUAGCCUUGAGUGCUGGGGCGUUAGCUACCACUGUCAAUACUUUCCAGCAUGGUGCGCAAGUUGGGAUGGUGUUUGAGAUGUAUAGAAACGCCGGUGGCUUUCUCCGGCUAUUGAAAGAAACAAUCGAAGAGGCACUUGAGGAAAAAGACUUGGAGAGAAGAGAAAACGGAGAGUUGUUUGAAACGAAGGUGACUCUGCAACUGGGAAGAAGCGUGUCACAGCUCAGAGAUCUUGCAAGAAAGUCAGCUUCUUGCCGUAUAGAUGGAAUUGCCAUGGAUGAAUUCGCUAGCAAGCUUUUUUAG